CGAUAUUAGCUAGCGCUCGCUCUACGGUAUUCUCUGCAAAAGGGAAGACGGUAAACCAAGAAAAACUACACCUGGACUGCAAAAAGGACUGUACUGAAAACAUUAAGUUAUAAGCAAAUCAAGCAAGGAUUGAUAAAGCUGAAGUAAAUAAACAACGUGUAAUUUCUGUUGUUGGUGUCUUGUUGUCUCACGAUGGAAGAGAACGGUGCACACUUCUUCGAGGGGACCGAGAAGCUGCUGGAGGUGUGGUUCUCCCGGCAAGAUGAGACCAAAGGGACAGGGGACCUCCGCAACAUCCCAAGGUUUGAGUGGGACAAACUUCUGGAGAAUGUGCAUUGUUUGAUCAUAAGUGUGACAAAAACUGACAAGCAGGAAGCUUAUAUACUCAGUGAGAGUAGCAUGUUUGUCUCCAAGAGACGUUUCAUUUUGAAGACAUGUGGAACCACCCUCUUACUGCAAGCACUGGUGCCUCUGCUGGAGUUGGCCAGGGAGUACUGCGGCUUCGACGCCAUUGAGAACUUUUUUUACUCCCGCAAGAACUUCAUGAAGCCCGCUCAUCAGGAGUUCCCCCACAGGAACUUCCAGGAGGAAGUGGAGUUUCUCAGCCAGAUAUUCCCGAACGGAGCAGCCUACUGUAUGGGACGUUUGAAUUCUGAUUGCUGGUACCUGUUUACUCUGGAUCUGCCAGAGUUCUGGGAGAACAAGCAUGCGGAUCAGACACUGGAAGUCCUGAUGAGUGACCUUGACCCAGCGGUUAUGGACCAGUUCUACAUGAAAGACGGUGUUUCUGCAAAUGAUGUCACUCGUAUGAGUGGAAUACGUGACCUGAUACCAGGUUCUGUGAUUGAUGCCACAAUGUUCAACCCUUGUGGCUAUUCCAUGAAUGGAAUGAAAACUGAUGGAACUUACUGGACGAUCCACAUCACCCCAGAGCCAGAGUUCUCCUACGUUAGCUUCGAAACCAACCUUUCUCAGACGUCCUACGAUGAUCUGGUCAGGAAAGUUGUGGAUGUCUUCAAGCCAGGGAAAUUUGUGACGACGCUUUUCGUUAAUCAGAGCUCCAAAUGUCGCAGUGUCUUUUCUUCCGCCCAGAAACUCGAGGGCUACAAACGUCUCGACCGCCAGUUGGCCCAAUUCAACGACUACAACUUCGUUUUCACCAGUUACGCCAAGAACCGCCAGCAGAACCAGCAGAGUUGAGCCGCAAACAUGAAGAAGAAGCGUAAAAAGAAAGCCGGCCGCCAGGGGCUCGUCCCCGGCGUCCGGCCCAGCCCUC